CAGCAGUCAAUAAUGUCGCUGACCAGAGCUGAGAAGAUCGUCUCGUCCACGUUACGGAGAGGCACCAACUACCCGACAUCACGAGCUUUGCUAACCCCGACUCUGACAUUGGGCGCUCUGAAAACCUUCCACAACACCACGAAAUCGCCAGCACCAUCACAGCCCGGGAUAUCAGGCCUCGGUACCAUCCCGCCCUCAUACUUCCAACGCCCCUCCCUCCCCGCCAACACCAUCAUACGCUUCGUACCCCAGCAGACGGCAUGGAUUGUUGAGCGCAUGGGAAAGUUCAACCGUAUUCUCGAGCCUGGUCUUGCUAUCCUAGUUCCAUUUCUCGACCGAAUCGCCUACGUCAAGAGCCUGAAAGAGGUGGCCAUCGAAAUACCUAGCCAAAGCGCUAUCACAGCCGACAACGUAACUUUAGAGCUAGACGGUGUACUUUAUACCCGGGUAUUCGACGCGUAUAAGGCCAGCUACGGCGUAGAAGAUGCCGAGUAUGCCAUUUCGCAGCUUGCCCAGACCACAAUGCGCAGCGAGAUCGGUCAACUAACCCUCGACCACGUGCUAAAAGAGCGCGCCGCUCUCAACAUCAAUAUAACCGCAGCUAUCAACGAAGCAGCACAAGCCUGGGGCGUCACAUGCCUACGUUACGAGAUUCGCGAUAUCCACGCCCCGGCCGCCGUUGUCGAAGCUAUGCAUAGGCAGGUUACGGCUGAGCGGUCCAAGCGUGCUGAGAUCUUGGAAUCUGAGGGUCAGCGCCAAAGCGCCAUAAAUAUUGCCGAGGGUAAGAAGCAGAGUGUCAUCCUGGCAUCUGAAGCCUUGCGUUCUGAGCAGAUCAACCGCGCCUCUGGUGAGGCUGAGGCUAUUCUUAUGAAGGCCAAAGCCACGGCGUCCGGAAUCGAUGCUGUAGCCCGCAGUAUCAGUAGCGGCGGCUCUUCGGCCCAGGGUGCCGUCAGCCUAAACGUGGCCGAGAAAUACGUCGAUGCCUUCAGCAAGCUAGCACGUGAGAGUACCGCUGUCGUGGUCCCAGGCAACGUGGGCGAUAUUGGUGGUAUGAUUGCUACGGGUCUAAGUGUGUUUGGCAAGGUAGGCGAGGCCCAGAGCCGCACCAUGGCCAAGCAGCUAGUAGAGAAAGGCGAACCGACUUCAGAGGAAUCAACUGGUCCCAAAACUAGCCAGAGCGUCGUAGACUCGAUGGUGCGCGAGUUCGACAACACAGCCAAGAGGAAGUAAAGAAGCAAUUCUGUAAGAUCCCAUUUUGAGGAGCAGGUGCAUUAUUAUGAAUUACGGGGACAACGAGGGAAGGCAGGUAAAGGAGAAGGGGCAUGAAAAUUUUAAAUUGGGCUGGUAGAAAGCUCAACUGUAUCACCAGGAAGCAUCUCUUGUACCUUCAAUUGGUAUUUGAAAACUGUGAGCGGGGACUAUUCGGUAGUGGUGAAGAAAAAAAUAUUUAUAAAAAGGGUAGAGCAUGGCGUCGGCGAGCAUUAAGGGGGAGCAUACACAAUCCCUUCAUCCCUUUGACCUCCAUCACUAGGUUAGCAUACUCGCUAUCCCCUUAUCCAUCUAACCCAUCUUAUGUAUAUCUAUUGUAACUUCCCGAGACAUUAUCACACGCACCUCACAACCCCUCGAAAGGCAAACCGUAGACUUAGGAGAUGGUAGUAUCAGGUGUCUAGGUAAAGCUCGCCCGGGAACAUCGAGAUGAAUAUAAAUCUACUCUCAAAUUAUGACAAGUGAA